UGCCUUCAGGUUGAUAUGAGAUAUCAGUUCAUAUCAAUUCCUCGUAUUUAAAAGAAUUGGCCUCCCUUUGGAAUAGCCGAACAAGUCCAUUCCUUUUCUAAAUCCAAACAACACCUACUAUGUCUGGCUACGAAGAAGAGCACAACAUCCCUAGGGGAGAAACGACCCGCGCUCCCCAGAACCGGCGACCCGAUCUCUCGACCUUCUACUCCAACCUCGAGCAGAUCGACACCUCCGGCGAGCACACGCCGCACACGAACCGCCAUGCCCAACCCCUCCCGCAGGACGUCUCCGCCGCCUUUCGCAACCUGGCCGACUUCAUGCGCAUCACCAUGGGCAGUAGCGGGGACGAUUCGGAUCCCGAAUGGCAGCAACUGAUGCUGCGGUUCCUCGUGUCGAUGGAGCGCGAUCCGCCGAAGGAGGUGCAGGGCGUUCCGGAUAACUUUCUCGACGAGCUGGAGCGCGUUCCGAAGUCGAGACUGAAGAAGUCGCAGGACUGUCCGAUUUGCGGGAAUCCCUUUUUGGAUGAUGAAUACCCAUUGGUCGUUCGCCUUCCAUGCCAUAAAGACCACCUUUAUGACCUGGACUGCAUUCGUCCGUGGUUGAAAGUCAACCCCACUUGUCCUUUAGAUCGGAAGGAAUUAUUAAAGAAGAAGCCUCCGCCACCUCCGGUAGACGACGACGAUGGCGAAUGGGAUGACUAUUACGCUUGAAGACGAUUGAUUCACGAGGCCAUGAGACGACCGUUAUCUAUUCUAGAACCCAAUUAACCUCCAUUUGCUCCAUAAACCGCCGAAAGUCACACGC